AUGGCUGCUUUGCUCCUUCUGCUUGGUGUUUUCUCAGUCUUAUUUGCUGCCAUAUAUCCUGUUCAGUCCACUCCAGCAUCUCAUUCACAUGUUCACAUUGUGUACUUGGGCCACAACAAUGGCCUGAGUCCUUCUCUGACCGCACAGUUUCAUCUGCGACUUCUAUCAAGAGUCUUUUCAGGGCCAGAUGAAGCAAGACAAGCUAUUCUGUAUAACUACAGCUAUGGAUUCUCUGGUUUUGCAGCAGUGCUCAAUUCAACGCAAGCUGACACAUUGUCUGAAACAGAAGAGGUCAUAUCAGUAUUCAGGAGCAGGAUGCUGCAGCUCCAUACAACAAGGAGCUGGGAUUUCAUGGGCAUCAGCCUGCAUUUGCAGAUGCAACAAUCAUCCUCCCGGGUGCAUUUGAAGUACGGAGCCGAUGUAAUUGUUGGUAUCCUCGACACAGGGGUGUGGCCUGAAUCCGAAAGCUUCAGGGACGACCCCCACCUAGGCCCGGUCCCUUCAUCAUGGCGGGGCACGUGCGUGGGAGGGCAGCAGUUCGACCCGGCCACCGCGUGCAACCGCAAGCUCAUCGGGGCCCGCUACUACCUCGCCGGCUUCGAGAGCGACCUUGGCCCGUUGAACACCAGCGGCGGCGCAGAGUACCGGUCGCCCCGGGACCGGGUCGGCCACGGCACCCACACGGCGUCCACGGCCGUGGGCUCCGUGUCGCCCAACUCGAGCUACUUCGGCGGGCUGGGCCGCGGCGCCGUGCGCGGUGGUGCGCCCGGGGCGCGCCUGGCCGUGUACAAGGUGUGCUGGUUCAAGGACAUGACGGGCCGAUGCAGCGAUGCCGACAUACUGGCGGCGUUCGACGACGCGCUGCAUGACGGCGUGCACGUCAUAUCGGCGUCCCUCGGGUCGCCGCCGCCGCUGUCGCCGCUGUUCGAGACGAGCACCGAGGUCGGGUCGUUCCACGCGAUGCAGCUCGGGGUGUCCACGGUGUUCUCGGCGGGGAACGACGGGCCCGAUGCGGCCAUGGUGCAGAACGUGUCCCCCUGGGCGCUCACCGUCGCCGCCAGCACCAUCGACAGGAGGUUCCCCACCGUGAUCACCCUCGGAAACAAUGCCUCCUUCGUGGGGGAGAGCUUCGUUGUGGAGGACAUGAAAAUGCCUUUGGUAGAGAGCAGCAGUGUCUUUACGGAUGGGACGUGCACCUUCGACCAGCUGGUGAACCGCACGGCGGCGUCGGGGAAGAUGGUGUUGUGCUUCUCCACCAUGGGGAUGGUGUCCAGCGAAGGAGCCGCACUGGCAGUGUACGCCGGCGGCGGCUCCGGCGUGAUCUUCGCCGACACCAUCACCCGGAAAUCCACCCAGGACAACUUCCUGCCCACCGUCCACGUCGACCUGCGCCAGGGCACCCAGAUCCUCGACUACAUCCACGUCCGAUCCAGGCAGCCGGCGAGCGUGCACGUGUCCCCGAGCCGGACCGUGGUGGGCAGGACGCCGGCGCCCGCCGUCGCCUACUUCUCCUCCCGAGGUCCCAGCUCCAUCUCCCCCAACAUCCUCAAGCCCGACGUGACGGCGCCGGGAGUGAACAUCCUGGCAGCAUGGCCGCCCAAGUCGCCGCCGACGGUGCUCCCCCUCGACAAGCGCUCCACGCACUGGAACUUCGACACGGGGACGUCCAUGUCGUGCCCGCACGUGUCCGGCAUCGUGGCGCUCCUCAAGUCCAUUCACCCUGCCUGGUCGCCGACCGCGGUCAAGUCGGCGCUCAUGACGACGGCGUACAUGCUGGAUAACACCGGGGACGCGAUGCAGGCGGGGGGCACGCUGAAGGCCGCGGACGCGUUCGACGCCGGGGCCGGACACGUGGACCCGCUGCGGGCGCUGGACCCGGGCCUGGUUUACGACGCGGACGCCCGCGACCACGUCCGCUUCCUCUGCGGCCUCGGGUACACGUCCGCCCAGGUCAGGCGGAUGGUGCUCCCUUCCCCGUCGAUCAACGCCACGUGUCCGUCCGGCCCGUCCGCUGAGACGGAAGCGGACGACCUCAACUACCCGGCCAUCGUGCUCGCGGACCUCGGCGGGACAAGGACCGUGAAGAGGACGCUGACCAACGUUGGACCGCGGAGGGACGUGGUUUAUUGGGCUAGCGCGGUUGUCAGCCCGCAGGGAGCCCGAGUCGAGGUUUGGCCCAGGGAGCUGGCCUUCUGCGCGGGGCGGGAUUGGGCCGAGUUUUAUGUGACUGUCACGCCGGGGAAGAUGUCCAGGGGGAGGUUCGACUUUGGGGAGAUCGUGUGGUCCGAUGCGUUCCGCCACCGGGUCCGCACGCCGCUCGUCGUCAGCGUCGCCAACCUGCCGGACAACGGCGUCGGCGCCGGUUCCGGCGCUCGAUCCAUGGAUGGCCACGGUGCUGCUGAUCCACCUUCGCAGGCUGCAGCCUAGCUCCGGCUUUAGAACGGAGAACUAGUACUGUAAUAUACUAUUCUUGCCAGGGCACGGCUUCUUUAUUUUGAUUCAGGUGUUUUGUUUGUUUACUGCGGAUUCGUAUGGUGUUUUCGGUUCAUUUUCUUUGGGACAUAAGUGCAUAUGCCGUGAGUGUCAGUGUGUCAGUGGUCAGGUUGAAAUGUUGUGUGUGUUGUUGUUAUUCUUCAGCAUCUGGAGGGUCCAGGCAGAGCUAUCAUGCGCGAAUUAUCACGCCAUUAGUCAAAGUUUUAUGAUUCGCCUUCA